GAACCCACUGAGGACUGGUGGAGGAGGUGUCGGGUCGGAUCCAGGGUUGUCUGUGCUCAGGGAGUCAUGGCCGCAGUCUUCAGACUUCCAGACACGCACUUUAAUCUUUUCCUCACAUCUGGUUUGUCCGUUUGUUCCUCGCACGGCGUCGUUUUCCUGGUGGCCGCUCUCCUGUCAUCUUGUGCCGGAGAAACCUCAGACAAUGUGCCCGUCAGGAUCCGGGCCUACGCUGGCGACACUGUCAUCCUGCCCUGCCAAAUCCCUGUCCGCGGUGACAUCCCAACAGUGGAGUGGACCAAGGAAGGUCCUACUCUGGACAUCGCCUUCCUGUACCGCCAAGGCUGUGAGACGUUCGAGAUGAAGAAUCCCGUCUUCCAGUACAGGACAAACCUCUUCAUGAACGAAGUGAAGAACGGAAACAUCUCCCUGAGGUUUUCCGACUUGCAGCUCUCCGAUGCAGGAACGUACAAAUGCAAGACUCUCCAGGGGAAGAACCAGAAGGUCGUCACAACAGUGGCGCUCCUUGUGGGUGCCGCUUCUGAGGGACCCUCAGUGGUUGAAGGUGUAGGUGAUGGAGUGACUCUGCAGUGUGAGUCGAGCUGCUGGUCGCCGGAUCCCGAGAUUACGUUUCAUGAUAAUAAGGGAAACUAUAUCGAUGCCGAAAACCAACAGAAAGGCCAAGAUUCCAGGAGAUGUUUCCAGACACGAAAAGUGACUCUGCCGAUCGAUACCAAGAGUGUCACCUGCAGAGUUCACCAGCCUCAGACCGACCAGACCAGAGAGACAAGGAUUCCCAUACCAGCGACGAGUUCCUGUUCUAUGGCCUGGGCCGCUGUUGUGGUGGCUGUAAUUUUAUCUGUAUUGAUCUCGUGUGUGUCAGCGCCACAUUUACGCAAGAAAUGUGGCAGCUGUGGCGAGAAAGGAACAGGCAGGAAUGCAGAAGUUAACGAUCCGGGAAACCAGGCUGACAACACUGAAAAUACCGUCGCUGAAUACCUCAGAAAAAUUCAGGAACUGGAGUCGAACCUUCGUGACAAAGAGGAGUACAUUAACCAGCUAACUGCAGAACGGAAAGACCUGGGAUCAAAGCCUAUGAUUGACAACGAUCCUUCCAAAUCCUCACUAGACAUCUCAAAUCCAUCUGACCUACAUCCACACCAGUUUCCUCACGGCAACAGUUCAAAUCCGGCGGCCUAUAACAACCAUCCAAAAUCUGACAACUUACCCCAGAAGAAAGAUUCAAAACCCGCCGUCUCCAGACCAAGUCCUCCAUUUUUCCUCCCAGCCAACAGACUGGGCAGUAAUAACAGCAGCAAUCCAGCCUCCACUUCAGAAGAACAGUUUCUUGCCCGUUCGAAGAGCUUGUCUGAGUCUCGGCUUCAUCCUAAGGGCGGCAAGCUCCAACGUAGAUACACCAUCUCACCAUCUCACCAAACCCGUUUCCUGUCAGAUGUACCUGAAGACUCGCUGCCAUUGGUGAACAUAGACAACGGUAACUAAAAUCACGGUCAGGGCUUUGGGUUUUAGGUUUCGGAAAAAGAUCGUGAUUUGGGUUACAGUGAGUGCUUUGCCAACGUUAGGCAAUCUUUGUUGUCAUGGUUACAAUACUAACAAUUUGGUUAACUUUGUCGAACGAUCAUGGAUAAUAGACACGGGAAUCAAACACCGCUCUCCUGUGUCAUAUUCCAGCGUUUUGCUGAGCCAUCUAUCCACGCCUCUUAACAAGGACUUUGUCGCUCUUUAAAUAACGUCACCGCACUAUUCCCUUUACUCCUGUUAUAAUUACUACGACCACUAGAUGUCGGUGGUACACAUUUUACACGUGACAGUAAUUACAGUAGAGAGGUACAUUUUAUUCUUUUAAGUCGCCUACCAGUUUUGAUGAAAUAUUCACAUGCUAUGCUUUAUGAAAAUGUGCAUUAAGUGUUUUAUAUUAUGCUAAAAUGUCUGUGUCUCAAACUUUUGUACUUUUUCUACUGAUGUAAGCACUUUGUGAUUUUGUAUCUGUGAAAGGUGCUAUACAAGUAAACUUUACUUACUUACUAUAAA